CAACGUUUCUUUCUGCUGGCCUGCUUUGACGUUAUUUUAAAUGUAAACAAACAAUUUUCAGAUUUAUUGUUGACGUUUACAUUCACUUUAAUUAGUAUCAUAAAGUACAAUAGUAUUGCUAAAUUACAGUUCGAUAAGAAUUCGCUGGGUAUACAAAAAUGUUAGAAUAGUGUUUUAUUGCGUAAACUUAAAUAGAAACCACCUCCAAAAACCCCCAGUACCCCAAAUAACUUUUGUGACAAUGAGUAAAAAUAGUGUUAUACAAAUAAACAGUUAUAAGAAUGGUGAAUCUGGAUCUUCAGCAGGAGCGCAAUUACAGCGCAAAAAUUCCACAACUGAUAACACAGAACCACCGGAAAUGAGGAUAUUAUGUUUCGAACUAACACACUAUAAUAAAACUACGCAAUUUCUGUUAAGUUGUGCUGGGGUAUUCGUUUUGUAUUUAUUGUAUGGCUAUUUGCAAGAGUUAAUAUUUACCGAAGAGGGUUUCAAGUCCUAUGGUUGGUUUUUAACCCUCAUACAAUUCGGUUACUAUAUAUGUUUUGGUUUGUUGGAGCGUAACUUAGAGGCUAAACGUAGUGGUGUAGCAGCAUUGCAAAGGAAUAUACCAAUGAAUACUUAUGUCAUUUUGGCAGCUUUAACUUUAGGCACCAUGGGUUUGUCGAACUCUAGUUUGGGGUUUUUAAACUAUCCCACUCAAGUGAUAUUCAAAUGUUGCAAAUUAAUUCCUGUAAUGGUGGGUAGUAUACUUAUACAAGGCAAACGCUAUGGUCCUUUGGAUUUUGCGGCCGCACUGGCCAUGUGUGUGGGUUUGGCCUGGUUUACUUUGGCCGAUUCUCAAAUAUCACCAAAUUUCAAUGCUAUGGGUGUCGCCAUGAUCUCGGGUGCUCUAUUAUGUGAUGCUGCCAUUGGUAAUGUUCAGGAAAAGGCCAUGCGUGAUUAUCGUGCUCCCAGCAGUGAGGUGGUUUUAUUUUCCUAUGGUUUGGGUUUUGUUUAUCUGUUUGUCAUAAUGAUGGUGACGGGCAACUUCUUUAGUGGUUUUGCUUUUUGUCUAGAGCAUCCUCGUGAAUCUUUUGGUUAUGGUUUUUUCUUUAGUCUUUCCGGUUAUCUGGGUAUACAUUUUGUUUUGGCUUUGGUUAAGAGCAGUGGAGCGCCUGUAGCUGCUACAGUAACUACAGCACGUAAAGCUGUUACCAUAGCCAUUUCCUUUGUGUUCUUUAGCAAACCCUUUACCAUACAAUAUCUAUGGUCUGGUUUGGUGGUAGUUUUAGGCAUAUAUCUUAAUGUUUAUAGUAAAAAACAUAAAUUAACCUUUAAUGAUUUGCAGCAUAAAGUUAAACAGUCUCUUUAUAUGCUGGGUAAAACAACGAACUCACGCAAAUUUUUAGUAGAAGUUUAAGUUUGUUAAAAAAGUAAGUACGUAGUAAUUCUAGUUUUAUUUAAAGACUCAAAUUUUUUGUAAUUUAAAGAAAACACAAAAUAUUCAUUUACAUACUCUAUACUCAGCUUUAAAUAAAAUAGCAGUUUAUUGUAAUA